UCUAUUUCUACUUCAUCCCUCUUCCACAGUCACCUCUCUCUUUCUCUCUCUCUUCUUCAAUUUCUCUCUCCACCCACAUGAGAUGUGCCUUACUUUUCCAAAGGGAGCAGCAACAACUUGUGUACUCUACUCCUUGUUGUUGUCCACAACCUCUGAGGAAGAGAUGCCCCAUCACCAACACUUCCCUUGUUCCUUGAAGCCUAGUGUUGUUAAUGCUAUUAUCAGUGUCUAGUUUUAGUUAUCUGUGUGCUAUUUUUUUGUAUUUGUUUUUGGUUCUUUCUUUGUCUUGAUGGAUCUUGGGGUGGUGGGUUUGGAGGGGUUGGUGGGUUCAGACAGCAGUUGCGCCUUUGGUUCUUCUCUUGCUUCAGAUCCUGAGACAAAACACAAGUGGUACGGAUCUGGGGUGCUCAAGCAAGAGAGAUCUGGCACAGCAAGUGAAGAUGAGUGGAGGACUUCAAAAGUGCCUAAAACUGAUGACAACAUGUCUGCUGCAUCCAAAGCAAUGCUCUUUCAUCAGAGAAACUCUCUGCUGAGAUCUAAUGUCACCCUUUUCUCUGAGGGCCACAACCAACCACAAAUGCUGAGUUUCUCUUCACCAAAAUCAGAGCCUUUGAUGGUGGACAAGGCCUCCUUAAAUGCCACAUUGCCUUUUUCUUACCACCAAUUGUCUAGUUACAGCAGAAAUACAGGUUACAGUUCGGGAAGCAUAAGCAUGCAUGGGGCUUUGGCUGGUGUGAGAGGGCCAUUCACGCCUUCACAGUGGAUGGAACUUGAACACCAAGCUUUGAUCUACAAGUACAUCACAGCAAACGUGCCUGUACCAACUCAUCUUCUCAUACCCAUCAGAAAAGCACUCGAUUCUGCUGCCUUCUGCAACUUUUCAAGCGGCCUCCUGAGACCCAACACAUUGGGAUGGGGAGGUUUCCAUCUGGGAUUCUCGAACAACACAGACCCUGAGCCAGGGAGGUGUAGGAGAACAGAUGGGAAGAAAUGGCGGUGCUCGAGAGAUGCCGUAGUUGAUCAGAAGUAUUGCGAGCGGCACAUGAACAGAGGACGCCAUCGUUCAAGAAAGCCUGUGGAAGGCCAAUCAGGCCAUGCCCUCACCACCACUACCACCACAACAACCACCACUACUCCUCCUAAUGCUUCCUCAAACUCCAUUGUGGUGCCCGGCGGCAACAACAACAACACCUUUGCACACAACAAUGUGCACCACCCUCUUCCAUCUCAUUCCUCUCCAGCCAACACCAUCAAUAGGAUGUUUAUGAGUAGCAAAGAGAACAGUAACAACGCUAGUGAGAGGAUGCAGGAUGGCCCUGCGCUUCCCAUGGUGCCUCCAACUCUUGAGCUGAAACCAAAGGACCCUUUCAUGAUUCAUAAACACCAACUCCCAUAUGAUGAAUCUUCCUCAAGGAACAACAAUGAGUUUGGGCUUGUCACUUCUGAUUCCUUGCUCAACCCUUCACAGAAGAGAAGCUUUGGUUCAUCAUCUUCACAAAAGGAUGAUUCUGAGUCCCAACAACAACAUUCUCUCAGGCACUUCAUCGAUGACUCUCCAAAACCACAGUCUCACCAUCACCAUCACCGUUCUUCUGUUUGGCCUGAACUUGACAACAUGCAGUCAGAUAGGACUCAGUUGUCGAUCUCCAUACCGAUAUCUUCCUCAGAUUUCAUGUCAUUCACUACCUCCUCACCCUCUAAUGAGAAACUCACACUGUCACCACUAAGGCUUUCAAGGGAGAUAGACCCUAUUCAAAUGGGGUUGGGAGUGGGAAGUGGUGCUCCCAAUGAGUCAAACACCAGGCAAGCCAAUUGGAUUCCAAUCACUUGGGAAAGUUCUAUGGGUGGCCCUCUUGGUGAGGUUUUGAACCUGAGUAGUACUAAUAACAACAGCAAUGGAAGUGAUCACUGUGGCAAGAACACUUCUGCUCUCAACCUCAUGAAAGAUGGGUGGGACAAUAGUCCUCCACUAGGGUCGUCUCCAAAUGGGGUGUUGCAAAAAACAGCAUUUGGAUCACUUUCCAAUAGCAGUGCUGGAAGCAGUCCAAGGGCAGAGAACAACAACAUCAAAGAAGGUGCCAGUGCCACCACACUGUGCAAUGCCUUGUGAACCACAACCACAACAACUUUAAGAAGGCAUGAUGGAAGGGAGAAGAAGAAGAAGAAGAAGAAGAGGAAGGAGAAGAAAAGAAAAGAACUUUGUUCUUUUGACUUUAAUCAUUAAUGAAGUUUAUAUAGUAUUAUAAUAUAUAAAUACAUAUGGUAAUCUUAGAAUUUGGAAAUAUGUGUUCUUGUUUAUUAAUACCUUGCCCUCAUCAUAAUUUGGAUGUGUAGGUAGGUUUUUGGUUUGCUUGACUUUAAUUUGUUUCUUUCUAUUCAUGCAUUUUGGCAAAGUUUGUAUUCAACUGUAAGUGAUGUUGGUUGGAGUGUGUGGACUUGGUUGUUUUUUAAGAAGAUGAUGAUGGAUAGGUUUUGGGGUGAAGUUGAGACCAUGAUUUUGCAUGACUAUAGUAGUAUAUAUAGUUUGAAAUGAUAUGAGUAAUCGGUAGGAGAGAGCACAUGCACUUAGAAAAAGUUAAUGCAAACAACACAAGUUUUGUGAUGGUCUUAAAUGGAAUAGAGAAUUCUGAUUCCUGGUUUUGAAGUUUGAA